AUGAGCCAACUGGAGGGCAAGCACAAAUACAUGCAUACACCAGCCCCUAACACAGUAACAGCAAAGAAUAGGAGACUACCUACUGGUGGAUACCUGCACAAUCAAAUGACUAAUCCUGUCAAAGAAUUGGUAGCAGCCAACAGGAACCCCAGUGAUUCAAGCAGAUCAAGCAGUUGCUCAGACAGCAACAAUGACUUCAAUAAUAUGAGUCUGCAUAAACUUGCUAAAUACAUUAAGAAACUGAAGAAGAAGAACAAAGAAAGGAAGGAAAAGGAAAAGCUGAGGAAACUACAGCUCAGCAGGUUUAAGACAAAGUUACCCACCACCUACAAUGGAUUGAACAAUUUUGAUACAUUCAAACAGUUUGUAUACAAAGUGGAAACAUGGCAGGAGGAUACAGGAUUUGAGGACUACAAAGCUGUAAGGCACAUAAAAAGCUUCCUCAAAGAUAAAGCUGCAAAUUAUUAUAUGCUACAUGUAGCUCCUGAUGUCACUCAAUACAUGCUGACCCUGGUAUUCCAAGGGCUUUGGUUAUUGCUUCCCACCAGACAGUAG